UGAAGACGAGAGCUCUUGAACUUGGAGGUAGUGUUCACUCCAACAGCACUGCAUCAACACGGUCUGUACUAGAUGCUGAUGACCCCUUUCUGUUGCCAUGAGCACCUGCAACAAUUUUCAUCUCCCGAAAAGAGGGGAUGUUUGGUCUAAAGGCGACACAGUCAGUAUUGAGUGGUCGACUGCCUCGACGAGCUACGACACUGCCAUAAUAGGACUCGUUCUGAACGACGCCAACAAUGGAUUCUCCCAAGUCAUAGUCGACGAGCUUGAACUGGUUUACAACACAACCGCUUGGAUGCCGACCCUAGUUCCCUGCACACCCAUUCUGGGAGAGGAGCUGACCAAAUACACACCUGGGUCGGAGAUGUACUACAACUGGACUCUCCCUGAAGAUCUCGACGUUACGGACUCCAGUUAUGUCAUCUCCUACUUCAACCGCUCAAUCGACGCGGCCAACCAGAACUUAUUUAGUAGUUCUGUUUUCUCCAUCCGAGGAUAUCAAUCCAGUCUCACAACGACAAGCGCUCAGUCCGCAGCCACGUCUACGCCAAUGACCACGACGUCUGCUACACCAGUCACUACUUCUUCCAAGAGCCCGUCUUUCUCGACUGGCGCCAAGAUAGGAGUUAGUAUCGGCGUUUGCUUAACCCUCUUGCUCUUAUCCAUGGGAGCUUAUAUUUUCCUGCGACGCAGACGCCGUGGGUGCGGCACAUCAGGCACCUGCGUUCAGGAGAAGACGGGGUUCGAAAAACCAGAGCUGGAUUCUGUAGAUACUCAACAUCGCGUCGAACUACAUGCAGAAGCCCGCGGCCAUUGUUCACCCGAAAUCGCACAUGAAACCGAAUGGCGUUUGGAAAAAGAGCCUGCAGAGCUUCCUGCUUGA